UGCUUCGGCUACGACAUUCAAAUAAAACGUCCCUCCAAAAAGCCACCUGAUCAACCUCAUUUUCCCUUCCCCUUUCUCACUGCCCACACGUCGAUCCCCGCCCCUUGCCACCGCGCAUUUCUCACCGUUUGCGGCAAACGGCCAGCCGCAACCAGCCAGCCUCGUGAUUCCGACCAACUGCGCGAGAUAGGAGUACGCCCUUUAGCCUUUCUGUCUGUGCCAUCCACAAUCGAUUUUGCCGCCAGUCGAGUCACUCCAACACCCAGUCACUGUUCAUCACUCUUUGGGAGCCGCAUCACCGUUAACCUUGCUCUUUUCUGACCAUUACACCUCGAAUCUAAUAGAUUAGUGGGUAUUGAAAAGACUUAGUUGGCAAUGUCAAAGUAUGAAUUUCCAAGGCUUCCACGGGCAGAUAUUGUAUUACUACUAGCAGAUAAUCAAAUUGCUGCUGUAACAGAGCGGGACCUCCUUCAACCCUCACCUGAUUUAGUUUCGGAUCUCUACACGCAUUUAAUGAUCUACCUCGACCUUCUCCAUGAGGAAGACCAAGGACAAAUUGAGUUUGCUGCCUUGGAUCAGCUUGAGAACCCUGAUCUGCAUAUGGUUUCAGUCCCGACAAUGAAGUUGCACAACAAAAUAAAGCAUUUCAUUGCCUCUCUUGACUGUCCAAAAAAGUUUACGUUGAAGGAUUUGAUAAAACCUGAAACAGAUAGGACUGAAAUUUUCCUUAGCGCAAUACUGAACUUUGGCAUUCACAAAGAUGCCAAAAUGAAUUUCCAUGCUCCAGUUAUGAAUGAGCUAGAUACUUUUGCUGACCAGCAAAGGGAAUGGGAGGUUAAAACUUCUCAGUUGAAUGCAGAGAUCACGGAGUACAAUGAAGCAAGAGAAAGGGAAAUGCCUUUUGUUCAAGAGAUUGAUGCUAAAGUGAAAGAACUACAUCAAACUAUUGGUGGACUUAACAAUCAACAGGUGUCAUUACGUGCUUCAAUCCGUAAGUUGAAAGAGAAAGCUGGAGAAAUGGAUGAGAAGAUCUCUAAUGCAGAAUUUCUCUUAGUACAAAGUGUCCAAGAAAAUGCUAAUUUGCGUUCAAAAAUUGUUCAAUCACCAGAUAAGUUGCAGAGGGCUUUGGAGGAGAAAAAAUUAGCUAGGGAGGAGGCCAAGAAUGCUGAAAAAUUGGCUAUGCAAGCAUGUCAGGAAAAAACUGGCAUUGUUGAGGUUUAUUCAAAGGUUUCCAAGAAAAUGUUGAAGCACCUUUCUCUGAUGCAGACUAUACACGAACAGGUGAACUCUGCCAAGUCAGUUGAAAGAGAAUUCAAGGCCUUAAAAGUUAAGCUAAGUGAUGAGGAAGUCCAAGAUAAAUCUCUCCAGGUUAAACUGGUUGAACUUCAAGCAAAAGUUCAUCAAUUGAAAGAUUUAGUAAGACAGACAGAGAAGGAGAGAGAUGUGACAUGUGAGGAAGCUACAAAAGAUUUGAUUGCCGUGAGGUCUCAGGUUGAAUCUUUGAGGCAUGAUCUAGAGCAAAGGCAAAGAAAUGUUGAAGCAGUGUUCAUGGAGGUUGACGUUCUGACUUCAAAAACAAAUUCCAUUAGACAAUCUAGUGUUCUGAAGCAACAAGAACUACUUAACAAAUGCGAGAGUAUUAUAAAAGAGUUUCACCAGUAUACAAACUUAGUUGGGGCAUUGAUGGAAGUGAAGACAAAAGAGGAAGAGGAAUAGCGGGCACGUUUCAGAUAUAUGAUUGUUCAUUUAUUGCUUAUUGUUAACGUGAAUUUCUAGCAGUAUGGAGUCUACUACCAUUUUUUAUUUAGAAUUUGAGCUUUUGCAUCAAUCCGUAUCUAUAAUCCCUUCUUUCAGCUUUUAUAUGUGCAGUAUGUACCCUUAACGAUAGUAAAUCAGCUUGUGUAAGUAUUAUGUGUGAUGUAGACUCACGUAGUAAUUCUCUAAGAAUCAAGAUUGUAAAUCUUUUAUUUUGAAAUACAUGAAAGGACUCCUACCAUAUGCAAAGCCAACUCACCAGUUGCCAUACCAAGAACUCUGGUAUUUGUAUAUCUUGAAGGUAGGGUACAGCAUUUUGUAUGAAGUUGUCAAUCUCCUUUGUCCUACGUCCUGGGUGUAGUUACUUGAACAAUUACCAGAGCCUGGAUUGUCGAUGAUGUGCACUAUACAUACUCGUGCUCAAUCACUACGUCUGCAAAGAAUUCUUGCAGAUUCUAUAUGAGCUUCCAUUUUCUCACCAACAAUUUCUGGUUUCCAUCACCGAGAAGAGCAUGCCACACUGCAAACAAUUGUUAUGUUAAGGAAAUUAAUUAAUAUAAUGUUGCAAAGUAUUAUGAUUAAUAUAA